GCCACAGCCUCAAGCACUCUUAGUAAUUGCACCAUUAAUCCUCUAAGAUGAUCCAUACUAUCCUUGUGGCAGCAAUCCUAGUGGGCGUGGCCCAAGGCACAUUCAUCCUUAAGCCCCAAAAUCCGGUGGAGCAGACCACCAAGUGCCAGAUCUACUGGCGGGAACACGCCUGGGCGCUCGAAGAUUGUGUGUGCCGGGUCUUCCAGAACGGCUGUCUUCUGGCCGAGGAGAGUAAUCGGCGGGAAAAUGAUGGAAAGACACCGCUGAUUCCGGUCACUAAAGAUGUGUGCCAGAAGUUCAUCAAGCGAAAGUGCCUCCUUGGAUGGCCUGUGGUGGCCAAGUUCCCCAAUUCGUCUCCAUGCGACUGCAAUGGCAAGGAAGGCAGUCUGGAGAUCAAGAAGUUUAAAAGUCUGUGCGAAUUGCAGAAGUACGCAGCUGAAUGCAACAAACCCUACAUCAGCUACUCAAGGUGUUAAAAGAUGACUGGCAAAUGACAUCUGAAGAAUCUUACUACCUCAAACGACUCUUGUUAAAGCAAAUAAAUAAACAUUUAAACGCA